AUGAAUAAUUCCAGCAACAUGUCUUCAAAUGGUGAUAAAGGACCAUUUCAUAAACCUAUAAUAUAUACAAGUAGAGCCAAAAGUUUGAUCGCUCAAAAUAGUAGGAAUAGUUCCACAUUUAAUAAUAAUGAAGUUGGAAAAAAUGUAACAACUGUUAUGGAUAAAAUAAAAAGGCUGUUUUCAAAUAAAAAUAUGAAUGAGCCUACAACAGAACUAAACCGUACUAAACUUAAAGAAGAUAGAAACAAUAAUGAAGAUAUAUCAACACCCAAAACAUUAAAACCUUUGCCUCUUCCUAUGCAUGACCAGAAGGUUGAAUGGCAACCUGUAUAUCAUGAAACAUGCAAGAUAAAAUUACCUGUAGAGGAAAAUAAUCAGAAAAUAUCUUUACCAGAAUAUGUGAUAGACGAUUGGGUAUACAAUCAAAAUAAGAUAUCUAAGAAUUUAGGUUCUUCCAGUAUAAAAUAUGGUGAAAAUGGUACUAUGAUAGACGAUUGUUUUAAUAAUAACAAAAAUAAUGAAAACAAGAACACGGGAAAAAAAAAUAACAAUGAUGAUAAUAAUAAUAAUAAUAAUAAUAAUAAUAAUACUAAUGGUGGUAGUAGUAAUUGUUAUAGUAAUUGUAAUGAUGAGGAAGAAAAUUAUUCCAACUUCAAAUACCACUAUAACUAUUAUUUAGUAGAUGAAUAUUUAGAAUCUUUGGUAGAAUCACAAAACAAAAUUUUAGAUGCAACCGGAUUAGAUGAACAAGGACAGUUAUAUGAAAAUGUAUGUCUAAAUGUUAAACCAAUAAUAAUUUCCAAACAGAGAUUAGAAAGUGGAGUACCAUAUGAUCCAUCGAAAUUAAUGAAUUAA